AUGUUGGGUUUUUCAGUUGUUGCUAUCACGCUAUUGGCGCAGUGCAGCGCGAUGGGGCAUAAAUAUUUGUGCCCAGCGGAUGAAGCUUUACGCCUUUUUGAGCUGCGCACAAGCUUGGAGGGCGCCAAGGGCCGCACGUUGCAUCUGGCCAUGUCCUCAGACAGUACGGAGAGUGUGAAAGCUGUUCACAAAUUGCUCAUCCUAAUACAAUCAGAGCUGGACGGUGCGCGUAGAACCGCCAGUCAUGAUCCCUCCUCAAGAUCUUCGGGUGAUGGUCGGCAUGUUGACAUUGUCGCACACUUGGGCCAGAUUCUGCAGAUUGCUGCACAGCUAUUACAAAACGCCAAGGGAUGCAAUAACAACAAAGAAAUGCCCGGCAUCAACCGCAAGGACAACAGCAGUGGCGACAAUAGCACGGGCAACAGCAACAACAAGAACAACAACAGCAAGAGCUGGAACACCUCAGUGCCGAAUUCGGCGCAGCCGUCCUCCUGCCCUGCCCCCGCUCCCGAGCUGCUCCAGGGCGACACCCUGUCCUUCCUGUCCUCCGUCCUGCGCACCUACCCCCGCGGGCCGACCAGCCGGCAAGCCCUGGCCAACUGGACCGCAGCCGCCACCGCCUUCCUGCAGGACCACCAACGAAGACAGCGCCAGCAGAGACCAGCAGCGGUGGACCACCAUGCGGCGAUGGUGGCGGAGGACAGGGUUGAGGAUGCGGAGGAGGAGCCGGACGUAGAGGUAGAAGAGGUGCGCGAUGGCGACGGCUUAGAAGAAUGGUCAGGUAAAGCCUUCGGGCGGGAAAAGAGACGGCUGGCUCGGAGAUCCGACGUUAUUAGAAGGGGGGAAAAUCAGUCCGAGUUGCCGAUUCGAAGAAGGCUUGCGAGUGGGACACACCUGAAAGCCUUGGAAGUUGGAAAUCGCACCGGCGGCGAUAAUGGCGGCGAUGGAGGCAGCCGCGGCGGGCCAGGGUGCGAGGGUGGCAGCCGCCGCGUCAGCAGCGUGGCUCUCGGCGAAGAUAAGUACACGUACGGCACCGAUGACGACGACGGCGACCGCACCGAUGGCGGCGACGGCGACGGCGAAGUUAAAGGAGGUGCCAAUGAUGGCACGCAGUACUGUGGCGGUUUGCCGUUUGUACGGCGGGUAUUGAUGUCGCAACUGCUUUUGGGAUGGCUGAGUGAUCUGCACCAGGAGAUGCUUGGAACGGAGCAGGUGGCGGUGGAGAUGUCCCGAAUAGUCGCGCUGGCGUACGACAUCCACGUGGAGUCCGUGUCGCAACGUGCCAUCAUGGAGUUCUUCCACAUCUCCAAGGCGGGCGGCACCAGCUGGUACACGGCCGCAACUGGGGGUCCCCGUGCUGCGCAACGGCACAAGACAGCAGCUCGGGCCAACGGCUACCGGUACAUAGCCAACGAAUACACGUUGCUGGGCGGUACGGAUGACAUGUACGGCACCCACAUCUGCCCCGAGUUUGUCAACGUGAUCAACAUCCGAGAGCCUCUGGAGAGAUUGGCAAGUAAUAUCAAGUACAUGCUCGUACGGCUGCGGUCCGAGCUCUUUCAGAAGGGAAAGUCAUUGGAGAUAUUUAGCAAGAUAUUUUGCAACGCGUCUGCUUCCGUAUGGGAGCUGUACUCGACCCCCGUAGCGGAUAACUACAACAUACGGACGCUGGUCCACGUGUGGUCAUCAGAGCUGUUGGUCCGACAGUCGGGCUUGGAUCUAAACGAGUGCCAAGUGGGCAAUUUGACGGAGCUGUUUGCACGGCAGGUGUACGACAAGAGGUGGUACAGUUUCGGUCGCACUCUGAGUCACUUGGAUCAGCUGUUCCUCUCCACCGCCGCACAUAUGGGACUGAAGCCCUGGCCACAAGACUGGGAGGAGAAGGCACCUCCAGCAAGGACAAGUACGGGCAAGCCGCAGAAAAAUGAAGUCCGAAAGCCCGACCGGCAGUUGAUGAAUGAAAAGGCAAAUACGAAGGCGAAGUUGCAGACGAAGGGAGAAGACGAAGGCGAAGGCCGAGGGCAACCAUCUCAACGCAAAGGCAUCAGCAUCAAAAGCAGCAUCAAAAGCAGCACGCGGAACACACAGCACAUCGAGAGGGGCACCGGUAGCAAUGCGCUCCACCGCCACUCUCUGUGGACUGCUAGGUGCAGCGGGUGGGCCGGCGCCUUCGUGAGGCGUACAUACCAGCUUGCUCUGUACAUAUCACAGCUUGGAUGGUGAUCACAGCCAGCAAGCACACACACAUACACACACACACCGUAACUAAUAAUAAACCGACACCAAUUUUGAAUAUCACCAUGGACCCACGCACACUCGCUUGAUGGACCAUAUGCAUAGAAAAAAUACGCUCUGGUGUAUAUUGCAAAGUAUGGACACGUGUGUGCGUGUGCGUGCAAAGCAUGUUUUCCGU